AUGCAUAAUGUUGUGUAAUAAUGUCGUCAUAACGAUGCUCUUCUCUUCUGCCCAGCAGCAGCGAUUGGAUGUUGGAGGCGCGGUGACAGCCUAUCAAGACGAAUACGACCCUCAGCACAACAUCGGUGGGCCGUUCAUGUCACCAGCGAGGGGGCGAGAGGAGACUCGGGAGUUUAGCCAGCGCCGCCGGUCCAGCGUGGAUUACAACCAGCCGAGGGCGGAGCCAGAGAACCUGAACGUCCAGAAGGACCACCUGCCCAAGGCCUCGGCCGUCAUCCGCCAGUACGAACAGCGGCAGAUGCAGCAGCAGCCUCCGAGUGGAGAAGAGCAGCGCCAACAACCUCGAUCCCAGCAGCAGCCUCCGAGUGGAGAAGAGCAGCGCCAACAACCUCGCUCCCAACAGCAGCCUCCGAGUGGAGAAGAGCAGCGCCAACAACCUCGCUCCCAGCAGCAAGGGGAGAGCCAGCGCAGGAGGUACGACAGAGAGGAGCCUCAGCCAUUUGACCGUCACCAAGCUCAGCCACAGCAUGAUGGUUAUCGUCGAAGUGAGGAGCAUCAUCCUCAGCCUCAGUUUGAUCAUCGGCGAAGAUACCACAGCGGUGAAACUCAGCGAUACCACAGCGGUGACACUCAGCGUCUGACCUUUGACCCUCCACCUCCCACCCAGCCAAAACCAGAUGACGUACAUCGGAGAGAAUUUCAGCAGCGAAUUCAACAAAACCAACAAUCACGUCAAGAUAACGUCUAUCACCAACAUCAACCACAACCACAACAAAGUCAACAAGACGACACUUACCGCAGUAGGCACCAACGAUCACGACAGGACGACAUCUACAGCCAUAGUGAUCAACAACAACAACAACAACAACAACAACAACAACAACAACAACAACAAAGCCUACAUCACCAGUCACCAGGUCAACAGCAUCGGCCGAGCAGCGACUACCAGAGAGCAGAUCUCUUGAGGGACAACAGGGAUCAGCAGGAGAAUUUCGACAGGAGAGAGCAGUCACGGCAGCGCUACGGGUAUCAGGGUGAUGAACCUGGACGAGAGGACAGACGACGAAAUGAGUUUGAGGAACCGUCCAGACAACAUCACUACGGCUAUCCCGAACGAGAGGCCAGGAGAGAAGAGAAAGAGUUCGAGAAAAGGCAACAAUCCACGCAGCGCUACGCGUAUCCAAGCGACGAACGGGACGAAAGGGCUAACAGUGAAAAGGAAUUUCAGCAAAUGUCAAGGCAGCGAUAUGGCUACCAGAACGACGAACCCCGGCGGGAAGCGAGAGACCCAGAGGUGGAGAGAAGAGAGCAGUCUGUUCAACGCUAUGGCUACCCCCCCAGCGAAGAGCCAAGAGACAUCGAAAGAGGACACCCACAACGGUACGGAGUGACCGAACCAGCCAGAGAGGAACACUACAGUCAAAGCAGGGAGGAGAUAGCAGGUAUGGAGAGAAGACAACAGCGUGUUGCUGGAGCUGCACAGGAGGAGGCGGAGAGUGAAUACCACAGGAUACAGCAGUCGGUUCAGCGUUACGGUUAUCAGAACGACGAGAGACCACAGCCACAGAGGUACACGACUACUAUUAUGCCUGCUGGCCAAGAGCCGCAACUGCAGCCAGCUCAGCCUGUUGAACACCAGCCGCAGGCUAAACGGACGGAGGUGCAGUGGAGACCGGGCCCUAGAGAAGGUUACAGAACGUCAACGGAGGUGACACCAGAAAGUUAUCCUGCGAGAAGGGAAACGGAACGUCAGACCAGAGAAAGAGGAGCAGUGGAUGGAGGUGGAGAAGAAGUGGAGCAGAGGAGGAGAAGAGGAGGAGGAGAGGACCGAGGGAUGAUGAGAAGAGAUGAGGAAGAAAUGGAAGUAGAUUACGAAGGGAAAGAACCUCAGAGAACGACAGCACGGCCUGUGGAAGAACGACUUCAUGGAGAAGCCUCCCGCCAAAGAGGGGGAGAACGCCAGCGGUGGGAAGCCCAGGCGACUAGAGAGGAGGCUGGAGCAGAACCCCACGCAACGCAGCAGGUGGAGGAGCAGAGAAGGCAGCGUGGUGUUCCAAGGAGGGAAGUAUCAGCCUAUGAGGAACCACAGAGCAGUCAACCAACCAAUCAGGAAGUACCGAGCAGUCAACCAACCAAUCAGGGGACAGCGGAAUCAUCUCCUUCCAUGAGAGAACCCCAACCCCCACAGCAAGCGUCCAGGAUGGAGAUAGAACCAGCACCAAGGCCCAGGAUGAAUCGAGAACCCCACCAAAGCUCUAGAACGGGAGAACCACAAAGUUCCAGGGGGAUGGAACCAAAGUACAGUUCUAGGGUGGAACCAAGAACAGAAACAGAGAGUUCUCAAAUGGAAGCCCAAAGUCCAAAGGUUGACCCAGAACCACGACAGUCCUCCAGGGUGGAACCACCAACGCAAAGGGUGGAACCUAGAACCUCCAGGCUGGAACCACAACAGUCCAGUUCAAAGGUUGAACCAGAACCACAACGGACAUCUAGGGUGGAACUACCUAUGCAAAGGGUGGAACCAAGAUCCAGACUUGAACCUCAAAAAGACCCCCAAAGCUCUCAAAUGGAAACACAAAGUCCCAAGAUGGAACGAGAACCGCCUCAACGUUCCAGAAUGGACACAGGAAGUUCUAAAAUUGAACCAGAACCCCUGCAACAGACCCCAAGGGUGGGACUUCCGGUGCAAAGUUCUAGAACCUCCCGGAUGGAACAUCGAACAGAAACACAAAGCUCCAAAAUGGAGGCAGAAGAAAGUUCCAGGACUGAAAGACAGACCUCCAGGAUGGAAGUACCGAUGCAGAGUUCAAGGCUAGAACAUCACAGCUCCAGCACCCACUCCCGGAUGGAACACCAAACCGGUACACAAAUCUCCAGAAUCGAACCUCAAGGCUCUCGAAUGGAAUCCCAACAGCAGCGUUCCAAAAUGGAACCUGAACAGGGUUCUAGAACCGACCUACCAGUUAGGGAGCCGCAACAGAGCCCGCGAAUGGAGAGGAGGAAGGUUCCGAGAAGGGACUCUGACAGUGGAGCAGAGGAACCACAAGGAGAGGAGAAAGUUCAAACAGAAGGUCUGCUCCGCAGUCGCAAAGCCGUCCUCCCCUCCGAAAUACGCCGGCGCCAGAGAAGUAUCGACCUGCCAGACAACCAAUCCACCCAAUCGGACGAGGCCAAGAAGACCUCCGGCGAAUCAGAGAGGAGGAUCGUUGCCGCUGACGACCAAUUGGACGAAAGCAGGAAGUUGACCGGGGAAUCAGAGGAGAGGCGGGGGAGGAAGGCGGCGCGUGAUGGCAGCGAGGUUAUCGUCCAAUCAGAGGAGAGGCAGCAGAGGGUCGUUAGCCAACCAGAAGACAGGAGUCAACCUCCAAGCGAUUCAUUGAACGAGAGGCGAACAGUCGUCAGCCAAUCGGACGAUAGGCAGAAGCCUGUUACUGAAACAACUGUUGCUCAAUUGGAUGAUAAGAGGAGGUUUGUCAGCCAAUUGAAUGAGGAGGAAGCGAAAACGGGUGUGGCUGUGGUCAGCCAAUGGAACGAAGGCGUUGGGGAGGUGCAGGUGCGGAGACGCAGGGUCGGCCAGGCGGAGGAGCGAUCCGGAGAGAUGCCAGUGAGACGCAGGCGCAUCAGUCAGUCCAGCGACGACUUGGAAGGACAACGCGUCCGAAGAAUCAGCUUGAACCAAUCGGAGGAGGACUUUGAGAUGGCCGAGGUGGACGAGGGGCCGGACGAUGAAUCAGAGUCCAGGAACAACAAGGCCCUCAACCAAUCAGAGGAAAGGAUGGAGGUGUGUUCUCCGACGGAAAGGAGAGAGGAGAGGCGAGGAGAGGAGACGGUGUCGAUGAGGCCGAAAGUGAGAACUCGCUCCAUGUCCGACGUGGGGGUGUUGACAACGUCCAGACGUUCUGGAUUUCGAGGAUCGGAGCGAAACAUCGCCCAUGCCAGCAGGGCGACGGCUUUAGACGGAGGAGGAGGUGAAAUGGGAGGAGCUGGAGGUGGAGGAGGUCUGGACACUAGAGUCUCCGUGGCCAAGCUGAGACACUCCUACCUGGAGAACGCCUCCGGACGCAAGCCUGAACCAGAGGUGAAACCAGACACACAGGGGGCAGAAGGUGACAACACUGUUACCGAGGUAACCACCAUGUCUUCCACAACAGUGGCGGCAGCUGCAUCUGACUGGGAGAAAGCAGUGGGAGCAGCAGCAGCUGUGCAAGUGGGUGUGGCCACAGCUAGGCCCCGCCCCCGGCGCUACAUUGCCCCGGGAGACGACAGGAAAUCAUCUGAGAGGUUCCACACACAGCCAAUCACCUCCGCCGAACGGCUGGAAUCUAACAGGGCACGCCUAAGUCCAACACAACUGCAGAAUGACGAGGUGGACGAGGCGAAGUUGGACGAUCGAGCCAAGAUGAGCGUUGCAGCCAAGAGAUCUCUAUUCAGGGAGCUGGAGAAGACAUCGGACGGCGUGAUCCCCAAGCCGCGCUCCCGCAACGCGGCCGUGGACCGCAGACUCCGCCGAGCGCUAGAGCGAUCCCACACACAGCCGGUGACCUCACAGGAAAUGGCCAUCACCGCCGCCGGUGACCUCACAGGAAAUGGCCAUCACCGCCGCCGGUGCCACCACGUAUGUCACAUCCUGUUUCCUCAUAGGUCACUUCCUGUCUGUAUAUGUCUUCUUCCUUUCUGUACUGACAUAUCUCUUCUUAAUUCAUUAAUUCCUUCCUCCAAAGACCAGCAGCUAAUCAAUCAAGAAGAAGAUGGAGAUGAAGUCCUGCCUCCCAUGGAUGAAAGUGACCUAUCGUCUCUCAGCCUGGCUGAGAAGAUGGCGCUCUUCAACCGGUUGUCCGUCAAAGCAUCCGAGGCGGACACAGAAACAGAGGCACAGCCUAUAGGAGGGGAGAAGAGGAGUGUCCGCUCUCACACACAGCCAAUCACGCAAGAGGAGCUUGUCAAGGUCAAGCCGGCGUCCGUCUCCCUGCAACAACAGCCCUCCUCUGUUGCCACGACUACCGCAAUCCCCAUGGCAACAGGAGCCCUUCCACCAACCUCCUCCAUCCAUCACCCCUUAAGCCCGCCCCCGGACGCCCUCCCAGCCAAUGACCACCGCGAUCGCUUCGGCGUGCACUACUUCAGCCUAUCCGACAGCUUCGAAGCUUUGAGCCCGCCUCCCUUGGAGCCCACCGGCCAACCGGAUCGCUUGAACGCCCCAGAAUUGGUGCGCCUGGCCGAGGAGAGAGAGAGGGAGAGAGAGAGGGAGAGAGAGAAGCAGAGGGAGUGGGAGCGACUGAAGGGGAUUGUGAAAGGAGAGGAGAGGGAGAGAGAAAGGGAGAGAGAGAGAGAGAAAGAAAGAGAGGAUGCAGACAAAGGCGCUUCUGUAACUGCCGGUGCUGCAUUAACCACACACACACACACACAGUCACAGUCACAGGCGCAGGCGCAGACACACACACAGGCACACACACAGACACACACAGAGACACACACACAUGUGCAGCUGCAGCAGCAGAAGGCGGUGACGACUGCGCAGACGCACGCACACACACACGCGCGCACGCUAGAAGGAGGGCAGACACAGCGGCGAGAGGGGGAGACACACACACGCCGACACCAAGCUGGAGGAGGAGGAGACAUAGAGGCCGAGCCUCUCGCUGGUCCCUACCCCCCAACACACACACACCACCAACACACACCUCAAGUGCACACACAAGAGCACACACCUGCACAGCAGCAGCAGCAGCAGCCACGGCAACAGGCUCCACCCCAAACGUACCUGGACACACUCAAGACCAUCCAGCCUCCACAAGCCACACCCCCUCAACCUAAUAGGCCCUACGGACACAAAGGGCCCGCCCCUCUACCUCCCCAGCAACAGCAACCGCAAACAAACAACCAAUCAAAUCUCUCAGCUGGUCCAUCGGCGCCUCCCUCCACCUAUCCCAAGCCGUAUGCACCCCAAGCCCCGCCUUCAACACAAGCUCCGCCUCCACUCGAACCCCAUUCGCCAGUGCAGUCCCACGUCCCGCCCUCCCAACAGCGCUAUCAACAAGCACCAUCGGUGGUUGCACAGCAGGCUCCGCCCACCCAACAGCCACUUCCUGCCUCUCCACCGUAUCCAGGGCAACAAGCUCCACCCAUUCGACAAUCUCAACAGCAGCAACAAACCCCGCCCCAAUACCACCAGGCACCGCCCACGUACCAAGCUGCCCAAUCACAGCAGUACCAGCCGCCAUUCUCUAGGCCGUCAACCAAUCAGGCGCCAGGACCCCCUCCACCAACCUAUCCCAAGCCACUCUUCAGCCCGCCUCCCAGCUUCAUUGACUCGCCUCCUCCAUCAGAAGUGACAGACAGGAAGCAGGAAGUCACCCAACAGAGGCAGCAGUAUCAGCAGCAUGAGGUGGUGAGGAAAGAGCCGGUUCCUCCCGUGCCGCUUCCUAAGCCCCAGGGGUACAGACCUGACAUCCUGCAGGGUCCACAACCAAUCCAAGGUCCAGGAGCAGGACCAGGUGGUGUCCAAGGGUCUUCCAGAGGUGUAGAGGGCGGAGCGGACGACACCGGAGACAUGAGCUCCCUGUCCAUCAAAGAGAGGUUGGCUCUGCUGAGAAAGAGCGGAGAAGAGGAUUGGAGAAACCGGUUGAACAAGAAGCAGGACGUGGCUCAAGAAGCCGCCUCCCCCUUGGCUUCCCCCGACGCCCAAAUAUGGCCGGAGACCGCUCCCAGGAGGACGGAAGACAGGCCAGUUUCAGAGGAAGUCUUCUGGGAGCCUGUAUUUGCAUCCACAUAUUCACCUCCCCCACCCGUACCAGACAAACAGGGUGAAGGGGAGGGUCUUAUCCUCUCUGUGGAGGACAGGAAGCAGCUGGUGAUGUCACAGGAAGAGGCGUGGUCCAGCACAGGGAGGGGAGUGGCCAACGAUUCGCAGCAGUACACUGUGGCAGCUCGCAUGGUGAAAAAAGGUCUGGUGAGCUCUGCAUCGUUGGUCACCAGUCCAGUUCUGUCUCCAAUUCCUUCUAAGACGAGAGGACACUCACCACCCAUCACUAAAGAAGAAGUGGCUGUAAGUCCCGACAUGGAGACAGACACUAAGCUGGAAAGACUUGAGGCUUUCAUUGGCCGCAUCAAUACCAAAGUAUCCGAGUUCCAAGAGACCACCGUCUCAGUCACCGAGUGCGCUGUCAAGGAAGUGAUGCGGCUGGACGACGAGGAAGUGUUCUCCAAAUUCUAUCGCCGUAGCAACCAGAAUGUCAACAGAGUAAACAGUAACACCACUGCGGUCGCCGAUGGAAACAACAACAUGAGUGAGAAUCGGGGAGGAGGAGGCCGCAUCGAGGAUGACUUUGACACCAUCUUCGGAACGCAAGCUCCCAAACUCACCUCUGCCACGGUCGUGAGCCACAAGCGAUCGGUCCGCCCCUCUCGGAAUGUCCAGGCGUCCCGGAACCCCCUGCGCACCCUGACGGCCCGCCAGGACAUCCGCCACGAGUACACAGAGCAGAGGCUGAACGUCGGGCAGCUGGAGAGCGAACGCAUCCGGCAGGAGAGCAAGACGGUAGCCACCAAGUCCUGUACUCUGUCGGAGGCUGCGCUAGCUGGCUUAGCUAGCAAGGAGAACUACAGCUCUGUCAGUCUGAAGAGCGCCACAUCUGUGUCAGAGGGGUUGACUGCCAACAGCAACAGUGCCCCCAUCAAGAAGACCAUGCUCAUGCAGAUUAAAGGUCGUCGUCACGUCCAGACGCGCCUGGUGGAGCCGCGACGCUCCUCCCUCAACAGCGGAGACUGUUUCCUAUUGGUCACCGCAGAACUGUGCUGCAUCUGGAUUGGAGAGUUCUCCAACGUCAUCGAGAGAGCCAAGGUGGCAGAGUUGGCUAACUACAUCCAGGCCCACCGCGACCUUGGUUGCCGGGCGACAGAGGUCGUGACCUUGGAGGAGAAGGUCAACGCUCAAGGUCCCGCAGCCGCAGAGUUCUGGAAGGUCCUGGGCGGCUCGGCAACUUACCAACCGGCUGGACCUCCAGAUGAGGACGAGCUGUUUGAGAGUGCCAUCGUGGAGACCAACUGCAUCUUCAGACUGGCGGGAGACCGGCUGGUACCCGACGACGACUUCUGGGGAAGAGUACCGAGAUCAUCCCUUCUGGACUCCAAAGAGGUCCUGGUGUUUGAUUUCGGCAGUGAGGUGUACGUGUGGCACGGUCGCGAUGUGACCCUGUCCCAGCGCAAGGUCGCCUUUCAGCUGGCCAAGCACCUGUGGAACGGACACUUUGAUUACACCAACUGUGACGUGAACCCCCUGGAUCCCGGAGGAUGCAACAAGUUAAUACCCAGGAAGGGCCAGGGGCGUCCUGAUUGGGCCGUCUUUGGGCGGCUCACGGAGCACAACGAGACGACGCUCUUCAAGGAGAAGUUCCAGGACUGGAGGGAGAGAAGCAGCAAGGAAGCUCUCGUUGAGUCCCCCACCUCCCCAACCACACCACUCUGCUCUCCCAAAGAACCCCAGAAGGACGGCCAUCUUGGAUCGCCUCAACAACAACAACAACAACAACAACAACAACAACAACAACACUACGACGUGCGCCUGAUGCUGCCGCUGCUGCAGAGCCCGGUGAGCACACGCCUGGAGGGCCAGGAUGUUGGGAGGGGCCAUGGAGUCAUACAAGGAAGCGAUGAAGAUGGCCUGCGCUCUAUGGAAGUGAGCACGACUGGAGUGGAGGCCUGGCACAUUCUAGAAUUCGACUACAGUCGCAUUCCGCGCCAGAGCGUCGGCCAGUUCCACGAAGGAGACUCGUAUGUCAUCAAGUGGAAAUACGUCACCAGCGCCACAGUGGGUAAUCGCCAGAGAGGUCAGCUGGGCGUGGGGGUCGGAAGUCAGCUGGGCGUGGGCAGGGAGCGGUGCUGCUUCUUCUUCUGGCAGGGCCGCAACGCCUCCGUCUGCGAGAAGGGAACCUCCGCACUCAUGACCGUGGAGCUGGACGAGGAGCGAGGACCGCAGGUGCAAGUGCAACAGGGCAAGGAGCCGCCGUGCUUCCUGCAGUGCUUCAACGGAGGCAUGAUCGUACAUUCCGGGAAACGUGAAGAGGAGGAAGAGAACAUUCAGAAUGAGUGGCGUCUGUACUGUGUGCGUGGUGACAUCCCGGUGGAGGGCCACCUGCUGGAGGUGGCGUGCCACUGCAGCUCGUUGCGGUCGCGCUCGUCUGCUCUGCUGCUGGGCGUGCGGCAGGCCGCCAUCUUCCUCUGGCACGGCUGCAAGAGCCCGGGCCACACCCGGGCCGUGGCCAGGACGGCGGCCGAGCGCAUCAAGGAACAGCGACCGUUGGAGGCUGGCCUGCACAGCAGUUGCCAGGUGACCAUCGCCGAGUGCCUGGAAGGGGAGGAGCCAUUGGAAUUCUGGGAAGCAUUGGGCGGAGCCAAGGACCGCAAGGCUUACGACUGCAUGCUACAAGAUCCGGGCACGUUUGACUUUACGCCUCGCCUGUUUCUGCUGAGCAGUUCCUCGGGAGAAUUUGUUGCACAAGAGUUGUUCCACGCCUCCAGAGCUCCAGACCUCUUCAGCUCGCAACCUUUCCUGCAAGAGGAUCUGUACUCCGUUCCUCAACCAGCCCUCUUCCUGGUGGAUAAUGUGCAGGAGGUGUACCUGUGGCAGGGGUGGUGGCCGCAGGAUUCGGGCGUCAGCGGCUCGGCUCACCUCAGAUGGGACGUGGACAGGAAGAGAGCCAUGGAGACCGUCCUACGCUACUGCAGAGCUAAGAAUGAGGAGAGCCCCCCGCGCUCCUACCUGAUCAGGGCCGGCUUGGAACCGCUGACCUUCACCAACAUGUUCCCCAGCUGGGAGCACCGGCAGGACAUAGCCGACAUCACCGAACAGGAGGCUGGAGAUGUGUGUCACCAGAUCGAGCGUGUGGAAGAUGUCUUGUCCCGCCUCUCAGAGAGUACCAUCCACCCAUUGGCCACGCUGAUAACGCGCCCUCUUCCUGUGGGGGUGGACCCGCUGAGGCUGGAGAUCUACCUGUCGGACGAGGACUUUGAGGUGGCACUGGAGAUGUCUCGUGAGGAGUUUGACGCCCUGCCGGGCUGGAAGCAGGUCAACCUGAAGAAGACCAAGGGCCUCUUCUAGAGUCAACAUGAAGACCUUCUAGAGAGUCAUGCAUGCUGAUACAGGGGAGUAGACUGCUGAACCAUCCGAAUCCUGGGGCACAGUCCGUUAUCUAAACUCCCAUACUCAACUUAUGCUUGUGGCCUCGCGCUACGCUGACGUCCUUCCUCCGUGGAGAAAACAAUAAGGUUUCUCCAUCGUCAGCCUAACCACAACGACUUUUGGGGGACAUUUCCCUGUUAAACAUCCCUAAUGCAAAGCAGGACAUGACCUUUUGCGCGAUAUUGAAUGAAAUCUCUGUCGCUGAUGACAUCUAACGGGAGGAUAGUGGAAUAUGCCCUAGAUAUUGUGUUAGCCAUGUGUAGCCUUUUAUCCCAUUGAAACUCAUUGUAAGGUGAGGCUAUUGAGCUACAAAAGACUAGAUGUUGUGUUUGAAACAAUUUGAUCGUCAAUAGGAAACGGCAUUAAGAGGCUUUCUUCAAGAAACAGGGUUGCAGUGCAGUUACCACAGCAACAGCAAACCCCACCCACUAAUGGCCAAAGGACCACACCAACCAAUGAAAGGCCUCGCUUUCUGCAGACAUUUACUGUGAAUGCAGACUAGAGACUACGUACAGUAAGUUUAGAACUACAAUUGGCCUAAAAUGGCUGCCUCUGAAGUUAGCCAUUUGUAGUCUUUUAUCACGUUGAAACCCAUGGUAAGGUGAGGCUAUUGAACUACAAAAAUUGCAUCAUCAAAAUUGGACACAAGAUAGCAGACAUAACUAAGUCUAGAUAGCAAAUAUUUUAAGACAGGAUGUCAAAGAUAUCGAUAAGAUAUUCAUUUAGUAGAUUUCAAUCAGAUAUUGAUUUUUAUAAUAUAUCGAUUUCAUGCCUUGUUUGAUAAACCAAAAAUAAAACAUAAGACUUGUAUGUAUUGUUAUUUAUUUGAAAGGUAAUAGAUUUGAAUUAAAAUUUACUUUCUAAGAAAUAAUGUAACGAUAUAUAGAAAAUGUUAAGAUGCGUAUUUUUUUCAGCCUUGCCAAAAAAAUAAAUAAAUGAAGAGGCCAUUUCUUUUCUCUUAUUAAAGCGAAUGCAGGGGUGUAUUUUUUUUCUUCUGAAAAUGUUUGUAAUUUCACUUUUGCUUUGCAACGAUUUUGACAUAAUUUAUUGAAAAUAUUUAUUUAAGUAAUUAUUUCAACAUUUUGUUGGGUUUCUUUUCAAAUAAAAUAUGAGCGUCAUUGAAUGCUUGAUUUUGUUUUCGAUGUUUUUAUGUUUUUACUGUGCUUAUAGAACCCUCAAGACAAUGGGUCAGGAUUCUAUAGAGCUCUCAAACAAUGGUGCAAGGUUCUAUAGCGCUCUAAGACAAUGGCUCUGUUUUGAUGUUUACAAAAAUACCGUAUGAAUAUAACUAUGAAAUAUAAAUAUAUAAAUAUAUAUAUACAGGUCAAUGUGCAGGCUGAAAUCAUUGAAAUGUUGUAAGUUUCUGCUUGACUUGAUUACAGUUGUAUUUAAAGGGGAAAAAGUGUGUAGUUUCUUUCUCCCAUUGAAACCCAUUAUAAGGCUAUUGAAGUACAAAACUAUCCUCUUAUAUUUAAAGAAAAAAGGUGAAAUGACUGCUGUACGUUUAUGUUGGAUUGCUUUUGAGUCUUGUUUGCACUUGUAUUAAAAGGAAAAACAUGUUUAAUGCAUCAGAGCGAAUUGUUUGAGUGAAUGCACCAUAAGUCGUAACUAUUGAAAAGCAAAAAUGGCCUCUUCAGCUUAGCCCAUUUGUAGUCUAGUUUGUAGCUUUUCUCCCAUUGAAACCUAUUAUAAAAUCUGGCUAUUGAAUUACAAAAUGGCCUCAUGACAUACAGUAUUGGAGUGUACAUUUACUGACGUUACACACAUAAUCACAUAAAUGUGGUUAUUGAACUCCAAAAAUGGAUUCACUAUCAUUUUUCAUGAUAAUGGACAUUUGUUGAGUUUUUUUUUGAGGAUUUUUAAAACUGUAUAUGUUUGAAGAUUUGUGUACUGCACCCAAUGUUUGAGGUCGUCUAUGGCCUUUUUGUAGUCUUCUCUGCCAUUGAAACCCAUUGUAAGACACGGCUACUGAACUACAAAUGACCUAAAAUGGUUGCCCCUUCAGUUAGCCAUUUGCAGUCUUUUUUUUUUGUUUUUAAUUUAUUUGAAAGCGUGUUUACACAUAUGUGCACACUAGAAAUAAAUACAAUGGGAAAAAAAUGUGUUUUUCCGCUUAUGUAAAAUGUUAGUAUAAAUAUGUUUGCCACAGCUAUUGACCUGUAAAUGCAUUUUACUAUCCUAUGUAUAAAAUAGCACUUUACUUGACUUGGGCAUCCGAUGUGAUACAGUGGCAUGGACAUGUCAUCAACAUUUUAUGACCGUGACAUUUGGUUACGGUAAAGACAGCCCAAACAUUUGGUUACGGUAAAGACCGUGACAUUUGGUUACGGUAAAGACCGUGACAUUUGGUUACGGUAAAGACCGUGACAUUUGGUUACGGUAAAGAAAGCCCAAACAUUUCGUGACCAUAAAAUAUGUAUGACAUGGACAUCAUGUGUAUGACACGUCCAUGGUUGCCAUGGACAUCAUGUGUAUGACACGUCCACGGUUGUGUCACGACACUGUCUUGACACUGUCAUGUGAUGUGUAUGGAGCCGCCGUCACGUCAAGUGCUACCAUGACAUCAGCUGUGUAAAAUGUUAUUUAUCGUACGUUAUGUCAACAGGAUAAUUAAGGCUAAUUCAUAAUAUAUUAUGACAAUGUUUCAUUCAAGAUACUUUAAAGUGUCAAAAUAGAUUGGAAAAAGCAUUGAGGUGGUGAUGCACGAUAGCUCAUUCAAGAUACCUUUAAAAUGUUGAAAUGGUUUGAAAAAGCUUUGAGAUAUGCAAGCGAUAUGCGCUAACAAAUCAGCUACAGCGAAAGCUGCCCUCUUUUGGAUUUACCUUUAAUGCUCUGAACAAUUUUGUAUUUAUGGAAAUAGGAGUAGAAUAUAUUUUAGCAUUUAGCCUUGUUGUCUCCCGUUCAGGUUUCUCAGUCAUCACUGUCGUGCGGUCGCCAUCUAGGUGGAACUGCACGUUUUUGACAGUACAAUCGGUGCCAAGGGGAGUUAGCUAUCUCAUACAUUGCUGAUUCUCUUACUCAUCUCAUCAGUGAGUCGUGUUGGCAAGCUAAGCUGCUAUUUCUCUGCUACUGCCAAACUCAGGUAGCUAACAGAAAUCAAAGACAUUAUGUGAAGUGAAAAUUUAAUGAUGACACGACUGAAUAAUUGAAAAAUGAUUGUACAUUAUUGUAAUUGUACAUUUGAAUAAUUGAAUAAAUGUACGUUGUACUGUUGAA